UAGUGGAUUCUAUGAUUCGUUUAUUUAGUGUUUCUACACACACGCAUUGAUAUGUUUCUUUGUAGGUCUGCUGUAGUAAAUCUGGAAAACGCAACAGUUUUAAGACACUUGCCUAUAGUAUAACACACCCCUAAUUAGAAUAUUCAAUUGCGCUAUUGUCUUCACCGGGACGUUUCAAACAAAACCCCGCUGUGUUUCGCUGGUCUUAUUUUCCCAAUUGUGUACGGUUGCUAGGCGACAGUGUUUAUAUGCGUAUCCACGUGUGCUACGGUCUGUUUCGUUUAUCGGACUAGAAGGUGCGCAGCUGAUCAAUGGUGGACUGGAUUUCGGGAAGGUUUGUGUGAAUCGAUUCAACUCUAAAAUGGCUGCAGCAAAGGGGAAAGAGCCUUUAAACAUGGUGCACCAGAAUGCCAUACUGUGCGAAACUACCAGCAAGGAGCACAGGCAUCAGAAAUUAUACACGCAGUUCUGCAUCAACCCCUACACAAAAAUUCAUUCUUUGACUGGGAAGCCGAUGUCAGUACACACUGCCGUGGAUGAAGAGGAACCAAACUUUUUAAAAGGUAUCCACAGAAGCAGACUGGAGCCAAUGAAGAAGUACUCCCACCCACAGACAGAGAGCCAGGAGAUUGGUUGGAAUACAACCCCUCUGAUUGAUUCGGACCGCACUGACCGAAGGCUGAACUCCUAUCGGAAGAACACAGAACUCACCAAUUACAUGGAAGCUGCCUGGCGCCUGAAUGAACCGAUCUUUCCCUAGAUGCAUCAUCUCGUGCAAAGCAAUGCAUUGGCCUGUAGCAUGUGUUCUUGUUUUAAUAUAGAGAGGGGGACCUUUGACACACCCGACAUCUGUGUAUAAAAGCUUAGACACUAUUUCCAUCCCAAACACCCAAAACUCAUUUGAAAUAAGACUCCCGUUGGGGCGAAAGAGUGACCUUUCAUUGUGUGUUUAUUUACACUUGGUUGGUACAUUUAAUAAAAAUAGAUUCAACGUG